ACCUGCACCCUUCAUUUCUAGCCACACCCUCUCGCACUCUAUUAUCAUCUCUUUCUUUCUUUCUAUUUAAUAUAACAAAAUCAAGUGCUAACACAACCAAAACAACACAGCUUUGCUGCAUCCCUUCAUUCUUCUUCUUCUUUCCUCCGUCUUCUUCCGAUGUGAGAGGAAAGAAAGAGCCAAACAACAGAGAGCCAGAGAGGAAAUUCAAUAACAGAUUUUACAUAUAGAGAAGCUUAUAUAGUCAUUUUUGUACAUAUACUUUUUUUCUUUUUGGGUAAAAUCACAUCUUCUCUCUAUCUUUUUCUUUUUCCUCUCUUGUUACUCUAUUUUUGUGCUGAAGAAAUAUUAUGGGGACUGAAAUUUUGAGACCACAGGAUUGUUUGAUCGAACGCAUCAGAGUUUCUCCUUGUCGUCGUAGAAAUUAUGUUUAUUAUGCCAACAGCAACAGCAGCAGCAGCAGCUCCUCUUGUAAUAACUCUAAUCCUAGGUAUAAUCAUGACUCUAACCCUAGAACUAACAGAAAAUCAUCCCUACGGUCUGAACGGACUGAUCAGAGAAAGCGUCAGCCGGAGCACCAUCAGCCGUUGAUUUCUAAAAGGUCGACUUCUGCUGAUGAUUCGAAGAUCCCGAGAAAUCAUGGCAGCAGCAGAGGUCUGGUUAUGGAGAAGGUUACGAUUUUGCGACGCGGCGAGUCGCUCGAUUCCAAAAUCAAAACCACCGAAACAGCACCGUUUCUCAAGAAGGAUGGUAUGGUGGUUGCCGGCACGGAUCGGCUAGGUCCUGAUCCAGAAAUGGUGCCCAAACAGAUUCGGAUCGUUGAUCUCAGAUCACCGAUUACCGGGAAGUGUGACAUGUACGCCGGAUCCGGUUUUGCAGUGUCUCCGGCGCCUAGCUCACUUCCGUUACCGUCCUUCUCUAAGAAAAAACAAGUUCCUAUUGAUGACUCGGCUACCAGAGAUCUCAGGCGUUUGCUCCGACUCGAUAUCUGAGAUCCGGUUACAUAUUCGGGUCCGAAUUCGGAAUCAGCCAUCUCUCUGUUACCUCUUUGUAAUGUUUCGUCUCUGUCGCGUCCCGUUAGGUUUUUCCAGUUCGAAAACCCAGCCGUGGAUAUUUUUUUCAAAACGGAAGGGUAGAUCUGAAGAACAGGGUAAAGUAUGGGGGCGAAUUAGUUAAAUUGUAAGGUAUUAUUAUUACUAUUAUUAUUAUUAUGUAUCACGGGGAUAAUCAGGGUUGGGCGGGCUAGGGUUGUAAGAAGUUGUGAGUGGGGGGGUUUAUGGGCAAAUUAGGGAAAACUUAUGGGGAGAAGAUAGAAAGUGUAAAGAAGUUGUGUGGUGGGGUUGAUGUUGUAUUAUUUGGGAAGUCAGGUUUGGGUUGGUACUGUGUAUGGAUUGUGAAUGAAUGAAUGAAGAAGAAGAAUAAUUUAGAUGA